GCGCUCGGGCUCCGACCGGGCCCCGGCGGGCGCGCAUCGAGGCCAGGAGGGGGUUAACGCUAACCCCUCCCCUCUGGCUGACAUCACGGGCGAGCGGGUGAGAGGCUGGAGCUCGGCGAGUGAGAGAAAGAGAGCGAGAGCAGCGAGCGCGGCUCCACAUUGUUGCGGAUCGCCGGUACCCGGCAGAGCGGCGGCGGCUGGGACGCGCGGCGCCUCCGACCCGUUCUCCUCGCGCCCGGCCGCGCAGCCAGAGCCACCCGGGCCGCCGACCGCCGAGCCCCGCGCCCGCCCCCUGGGCCCCGAGCCUUCCGCGCCGCCCGGGUGCGUCCCGCCACCCUCGGAGGACGGCCGGCCAUGGACGCCUGCAAGUUGGAGCCGAGCGGGAGGGUGUGAGCGCGCUGGGGCCAGGAGCCCGCGCCGCGCAACCGGGCAGCCGGGCGCGCCGGGGGUGGGUCCCUCUCCCCAGCCCCGCUCUGCGUGGAAGAAGAGGGCGGGGACCGGCGCCGGGAGGAGAGCGGAGGAGGCGAAGGGGCAUGACUCGUGCAACUUGCGGCGGGCAUCUGCCGAGCCUCUGAGCCGGCGGCGGCCCGGGGCCCGGACUGCGGCCGCGCGGAUCCCACCCAGCCCACCCCGCCCCGGCCGACGGCUGCAGCUGACCUGGAUCCUUCGAGCGCCCGCCGACCGCCAGCGAUCUUCCCUCAUCUUCCGGGCUGGUUUCUGCUGCGCGAGGAGCGCUGCCCUCGCCGCCCCUCUCGCCGGACCCCCGGCCCCAGAUGGCUCGGAUGGGGCUUGCGGGCGCCGCUGGACGCUGGUGGGGACUCGCUCUCGGCUUGACCGCAUUCUUCCUCCCAGGCGCCCACUCCCAGGUGGUCCAGGUGAACGACUCCAUGUAUGGCUUCAUUGGCACAGACGUGGUUCUGCACUGCAGCUUUGCCAACCCGCUUCCCAGCGUGAAGAUCACCCAGGUCACAUGGCAGAAGUCCACCAAUGGCUCCAAGCAGAAUGUGGCCAUCUACAACCCAUCCAUGGGCGUGUCCGUGCUGGCUCCCUACCGCGAGCGUGUGGAAUUCCUGCGGCCCUCCUUCACCGAUGGCACUAUCCGCCUCUCCCGCCUGGAGUUGGAGGAUGAGGGUGUCUACAUCUGCGAGUUUGCUACCUUCCCUACGGGCAAUCGAGAAAGCCAGCUCAAUCUCACGGUGAUGGCCAAACCCACCAAUUGGAUAGAGGGUACCCAGGCAGUGCUUCGAGCCAAGAAGGGGCAGGAUGACAAGGUCCUGGUGGCCACCUGCACCUCAGCCAAUGGGAAGCCUCCCAGUGUGGUAUCCUGGGAAACUCGGUUAAAAGGUGAGGCAGAGUACCAGGAGAUCCGGAACCCCAAUGGCACAGUGACGGUCAUCAGCCGCUACCGCCUGGUGCCCAGCAGGGAAGCCCACCAGCAGUCCUUGGCCUGCAUCGUCAACUACCACAUGGACCGCUUCAAGGAAAGCCUCACUCUCAACGUGCAGUAUGAGCCUGAGGUAACCAUUGAGGGGUUUGAUGGCAACUGGUACCUGCAGCGGAUGGACGUGAAGCUCACCUGCAAAGCUGAUGCUAACCCCCCAGCCACUGAGUACCACUGGACCACGCUGAAUGGCUCUCUCCCCAAGGGUGUGGAGGCCCAGAACAGAACCCUCUUCUUCAAGGGACCCAUCAACUACAGCCUGGCAGGGACCUACAUCUGUGAGGCCACCAACCCCAUCGGCACACGCUCAGGCCAGGUGGAGGUCAAUAUCACAGCUUUCUGUCAACUUAUCUAUCCGGGCAAAGGGAGGACAAGAGCUAGGAUGUUCUGAGGAGAGGCUUCACCUGGGACGUGAAAGGAGCAUGGGCUUGAUGUCAGACAGCUGUGACCCUGGACAGGGCCCCCCCACCUCCAAUCUGUAAAACGGGGACAGUAUGAUGUACCUUGAAGGGCUGUUGUCAGAAUUCUACGUGAUGUAGGUCAAGCACCUAGCACAGAUCAGUCUGUCAAUAAAUGGCCAAUGCUCCGUGAUUAUUACCCUGACCUCCAUCAUUAUCAUUAUUAUUAAUGGAAGCAUCAAAACAAGUCCACACAGGGGUAAACUGCCAUCACAACUUCACAGGGGGAGCAUCUUUUACAGUGGACCUGAGCUAUCUGCAGGGUGACAAGGUGACCGAGUGUCUUAAAAAAGGAAGUGGUGUCCCACUGUGACUGAGAUAUAGGAAGUAACAUGCUCAGGGACACAGAAGACUGGUCGGCAGUUGCUGGGCUCCGGCCACAAAGCCACUGCACACCUGCAAGCCACGAGGAUUCAUGAGCUCUGAGCCAGUGUCUCGGGAGUGGGAGACCUCAUUUGUGGGUAUAUUUAGGACACAGCUGCAGAAAGAGCCAUGUGAAGUUGUCCAGGGUCUGCGCCUACCUGUCCUCAGAGCCGUUCUGUCACGUCUCUCACCCAGGGGCGGGAGUGUGGAGCCACCUGCUGUUGUCUGCAAUCUCUGGACUUGGUCCCGAGACUGGUCAUAGGAGGAGGAGCAUCAGGGUUGGAGCCUGGGGAAAGCUGGGGGGUUUCCACGGGUUGGCAGGUGGAAGGGGCCGGUGUCACACACUUCUCCCCAGCGGGGAAGGUCCAAGUAGAGCUCGAAAUGAGCCUCAUGGUUACCCAAGCUCCAGCUCUGAGAUACUGGGGGAGUCAAGGGGGAGGUGGGAAGGGCAGGGCCUGUGUUCCAUGUGGAGUGGCCAUAGGGAACAUGACCACCCCUCAGGGAGGCACUGUCACAUGGGGGACAGCACAGACCCGGCCUAAGUGUUCACACACUGGCUCUUCCUAGCUGUGUGGCCUUGAGCAAGUGCUUCACCUCUCUGAGCCUUGGCUUCCUAACCUCUGAUAUGGGGAUACUCACACUUGUCUCAGGCUUCUUACGAUCAUGCAGUACUCCCUGUGCGGUGAUACCUUCCCCUGAUGGUGGGCUAUCAACGUGUGAGGGGUGUGGGCUGGGGGCAGGAGGGCUGGGCCACCUAGGGUCCCAGCUGGAAGAGGGACACAACAUGGCUCUCGCUGGCAGCCCCAUUAGGCAGGAGCCAGGGACGCAUGGCACUUACUGAAUCAUUGAUAGGCCCAGGCGCUGAGCGGCUGGCCUCUCUCGGAAGGGACUCUCAGCCCCCUCCAGAGGACUCAGGGAGUUGGCCUGAGCCUUCUCAGGGCUGUUUGUUCUUGUGCUCUCAGGCAAUUUCCAAGCAGCAGCUGACCUCACCACCCUCCAUCCCACGUCGGCCCGUGCCUGCCACAUUCUCUGGGAAGCCCACCCUGCAGGGCACAGCCAUGCCCUUGCUCUAAGCCCCACUGGUCCGGAGGGAAUGCAUGAGCGAGAGGGAUAAGUGGAAAUUUAAUUUUUCAUUCUGGGCAUUCGUUCGGGUAAUAACUUUGCCCUGGGCACAUCUGGAAAGGGAAAUGAGGAGUGACUGGGGCAGGGCAGAAGGUGGGCAGCAGGGGGUGUGCUGGAGGGACACGCAUAUGCAGAACACGUGUGUGCUGGGCCACUGCACACCUGCGCAGACUCGCUUUGGCAUGGCUUCUUGGGGACCUGGGCCCCUGAGGAAGGAGCACUGAGUGGUUGCUGGGAGAUGAGUGAGUAGGCAGGGCUAGAGGGCGGGAUGCCCAGGCCAGGGAAGCAUGGGAAGGAAAAUGGCUGGAGCAGAGUGGGCAGGGAGGAAGGAGCAAGGCCUUCUCUCUGUUGGCCACAGGGAUUCUCUGAAGGGCUCUCAGCCAGGAAGCACCGUGGCGAGGUGUGUGGGUUAGACUGAGCACUCAGGGGGCUGUGUGGAUGGCACCGGGACACCCGUUAGGAGCUGCCACCAUGAGUGAGUCCCUAGUGGGAAACAACAGGCCCAGGCCGUGGCUGUGGCGAUGGGGGCACCGAGGAGAUGGACCAGACAGAAUCUGUGUGCUUCAUGGGCACAGGCCCCAGAGAACCCCUUUCAGAGGCCCUUACACAGAGGAGCAGUUUCAUGGGGUGGGCCCAGUGGUCACAAAAUGAAGCUUCCUCCCUUCUCCCUCUGGGGUAAGACAAGGUGAGGAGAGGCCCAGGGUGCAGCCUCCACCAGACUGAAAAAAAACAAAUGAGGCAGCCUCUAUCCCUGUGGGUGUCGGGAGGAGACAGGCCAGGCCUCUCCAGCUGGGACCCAGCCUCUCGCCACUCCCAAGAGCAGGACAGGGAGGCUGCCAGGGUGUAGGAUGUCCAUUCCCACUCCUAUCCCAGGGUGCAAGGCGUCUGUCCCAACUCACAUUUCCAGUGAAGCCCAGGCUCAUCCCUUGCGGGUGAGGGUCACAGUCUGCCCAUCAGUCCUGGAGUUCUUCAGACCCAGAGUUGCGGGCCUUGAAGGCCAGUGUCCUGGAAGGGAGGCAGGUGUGAGCCUGCAAGUAUGCAUGCCCAGCCAUGGUAUGGACAUGUGUCUCUGGGCAUGUAAAUGUGAACCAGUGUGAGCAGGCUCCGUCAGCAUGCUGAGUGUGCAUGUGGGAGCCCGUGGCUGUGCCGUGGCAACGUGCCAUUCUCUGAGCCAGCGAAUGGCAGUGUGUUGGGAGGUCUGAGAAGGCAGCUGCAUCUGUGCCUCUGGGAGGAUUCGGUUCUCCCCCAGCUUGCCGAGGCCCUGCCUGAUGGUCUGACACGAGGCACAGCUGCUGCAGCUGCAGAUGGACAGAAGGGCUUCCCAGAGGUGGACCCCAGGCCUCCCCACUCUCCCUGUGGCUGGCUGCACUGCAUGCUGGGAGGUGUAGUUCUUGCAGCUUCCAGGCCUAAUCUGAUGCCGGAGCAUUUCCUGCCUGAGGAAGCGCCAGGCAUUGGUUUUGGAGGCAAACCCAAACAUUCUCUUUGACCCCAAACCUCCAGAUCCUAGAUCCAGACUGUAAGCCCUAACACUUCACUCCACCUCAGAUCUAUCCAAAGCCCCCAGCACCAGCCCACCCACCUCAGUCAGAGAACCAGGACCCCAAAGGCAUGCAGAGCCCCCACUUCCCCACUGUCCUGGCCAGCCAGGGACCCCAGAAGAGAGGUUACAACCCUUCAGGAAUAGGGACAAGCUGCUCCCUUUGUAAGAGGAUGUGAGGGAGGCUGGCUGGGCCCCUGCCAGCAAACACAAAUGACCCUGUGGCCUGGCUCUUCUCUCUCCUCCCAGCUGCGGCCCUUGCAGCUCUGCUCCUGGCACAGAGACAGGAGCUACUGGCUGAGUGUAACAGCUGGAGGGAUGGAGGGGGAGGGGAGGAUGCUCCACUCCACGCCAGACAGCCCCUUCUGCUUGCAAAUGAGUUAGAUCCCCAUGCUUCUCCUUUCUUCUCUCCCUCACUCAGUAUCCUCACUCGAAAGUCUUUGAUGCUGGAAGGUCAUCCCAGCCAUUCUGCUGCUACUACACAGGCCCAGCCCUAAACAAAAUAACCAGGGUUCUUUGGUCCCAAAAGAUCCCCAGGAAAGAGUAAACCUCCUUAGGACUUAAGGAAAAAAGUUGGCUAGGUGUGGUGGCUCACACCUGUAAUCCCAGCACUUUGGGAGGCCAAGGUGGCAGACCACUUGAGAUCAGGAGUUCGAGACCAGCCUGGCCAACAUUGUGAAACCCCGUCUCUACAAAAUAUUAGCCGGGUGUGGCAGUGCGUGCCUGUAGUCCCAACUACUCAGGUGGCUGAGGCAUAAGAAUUGCUUGAGCCUGGGAGGCGGAGGUUGCAGUGAGCCGAGAUUGUGCCACUGCACUCCAGCCCAGGCGAUGGAGCGAGACUCUGUCUCAAAAAAAAAAAAAAGGACUUAGGAAAAAAAUUAAACAGAAGGCCUGGAGGAGAAAAAAAGCCUAGUGUCAUCUGGUCCCAAGCCACCACACCACUCCUCCUGUCACCCACUCCAGAGAAACAAGGUCCCAGUGGGCCCCAUGCAGGUUUAUUCGAGUCUCUCCUUAUAAUACUUGCUCUGCCUAGAACAAGGCUUAUCUCUAAGACAUAAUCUUGCCAUUGUAGAAUUCAUUCUGUCGUUCAACAGAUAUUUCUUGAACAUUGGCCACAUGACAAGCAGUCUAGGUGCUUGGUAUAAAUCCAUGAGCAAAACAGACAAAAAGUCCCUAUCCUUGUGGAGCUUACGUUUUCGCAUAGGAGGAAAGACAAUAGAUAAAAUACAUUUUUAAAAAAUAUGUAGGCUGGGCGCGGUGGCCCACACCUGUAAUCCCAGCACUUUGGGAGGCUGAGGCGGGUGGAUCAUCUGAGGUCAGGAGUUUGAGAUCAGCCUGGCCAACAUGGUGAAACCCCCGUCUCUACUGAAAUUACAAAAAUUAGCCAGGCGUGGUGGCACAUGCCUGUAAUCCCAGCUACUCAGGAGGCUGAGGCAGGAGAAUCGCUUGAACCCGGGAGGCGGAGGUUGCAGUGAGCCAAGAUGGUGCCACUGUGCUCCAGCCUGGGCGACAGAGCAAGACUCCAUCUCAAAAAAAAAAAAAAAAAGUAGUAAUUUUGAAGGUGACAUUGAGGAGGAAAAAAAAGAGAGUAAGGGGAUCCCAAGUACUGGGGACCACACAGGUGGAGUGGGCUUAUGAGCUGCAGUUUUAAAUAGGGUAGUUGGGGAAGGUCUUGAUGAGAAGGGGCUAUUUGAGCUGUGUCCCAAAGAGGGUAAAGGAGUGAACCUGGGGCCCCUGGGGAAGUGGCUUCCAGGGGGCAGGGCAGCCCAUGCAGUGUGUGCCAGGAGUAGGGCAAGCCUGCAGGAAAGCGGGAACAGAUGUCUUCAGAGGUGGGGCGGGGCGUAGGGCACGCAGAGCAUGUUAAGGCUCUAGGGAGAGUCAUUGGAGGGCUCUGAGCAGAUAUGACUUACACUUCAACAGGAUUUGUCUGGCUGCUGUGUGGAAAACAGUCCACAGAGGGAAAGGGUGGAAUCAGGAAAGCAGUUAGGCAGCUAUUGCAAUCAAUAAUCCAGAUGAAAGAUGAGAGUAUCUUGGAUCAGGGUGGUAGUGAUGGAGAUGGUGAGAAGAGAUCAGGUUCAAGGUGCAUUUUUUU